GUCAGCAGCCCCCUGCCCCCAGGGAGGAGCUGCCGUGGGAGGCUGCCGUGGCCAGCAUGGCGGAGAACGACGUGGACAACGAGCUGCUGGACUACGAGGAUGACGAGGUGGAGAACGCGGCGGGGCCGGACGGGGCCGAGGCGGCGCCCAAGAAGGACGUGAAGGGCUCCUACGUGUCCAUCCACAGCUCCGGCUUCCGCGACUUCCUGCUCAAACCCGAGCUGCUGCGCGCCAUCGUGGACUGCGGCUUCGAGCACCCCUCCGAAGUCCAGCACGAGUGCAUCCCCCAGGCCAUCCUGGGCAUGGACGUGCUGUGCCAGGCCAAGUCUGGCAUGGGCAAGACGGCCGUGUUCGUGCUGGCCACGCUGCAGCAGCUGGAGCCCGUCACGGGGCAGGUAUGGGGGCUGGGCGGGGUCCAGCACGAGUGCAUCCCCCAGGCCAUCCUGGGCAUGGACGUGCUGUGCCAGGCCAAGUCUGGCAUGGGCAAGACGGCCGUGUUCGUGCUGGCCACGCUGCAGCAGCUGGAGCCCGUCACGGGGCAG